GAGGUUCAGUCGUUCUUCCAGUAGUCUUCUCCUUGAUCGUAUCAGUUUGUCUGUGGUGGACGACUGUGACAAGUCGAGUCGGAAAGGGCUAACUCGGGCUGUCGAAAGUUCUAAAAGCUGUGUUAUUGUUUUAUUACUUCAUGAGGUGCUCGUAACGUCCAGCAGUGAUGAAAUUGUUGUGUUGUGUUAUUUUGACUGUGUUCGUCGUGACCAGCGCCAAGAGGCCAAGAAAAUUCGAAGGGGACUUCGAAUUCGCUGAAGAGGAUGAGACGAAACCAAACCCUCUCAGCAGCAACAGCGAGAAGAAGAAAUGGAUCCAUGAUCCAGACAGUGAUUUGUGUCAGCCACUGCACUGCAAGAAGCGGGAGAUCUGCCUGUUAGAGGACGCUCUGACGGCCGUCUGCGUGAGCAAGAAGGAGCUCCACAGGAACGGGGACAUCGUUAUCCCGAAAUCCAAGAUCCUCGCCGACGAGGCCAAGAACAAGCUGAAACACAAGAAAGGCUCCGAGGAUGACGACGACAUUUUCUACAACUCUGACAACGACGAAAGUGACGACACUGACAACCGCGACGUCGUCACACCGCGUUGCGCACCCUGCCCAGUAAUAACUCCAGCUUUCAUUUGUGGCACUGACAACAAGACUUACAGCUCCAUUUGCCGCUUGGACUACCACAAUUGCAUCCAUCAGUCUACUGUAGCUAUAAUGUGCCAUGGAUUUUGUCCUUGCAAAACAGGUGGCGAUCAUUCAUGGAAGAAACAGAAACGAAAUGAACGAUUGGGUAACUUAAAAUCGAAGUACUCAAAAAUUAAGGAUGUCGACAACAGUAUCAAGAAAGUAACGUCAAAUCAACUUUUUGCUGAUAAAUAUUCCUUCAUACCGCAAGAUUUCAAGUACGAGAACAAGCAUUACAAAUACAUCAAGUAUACAAAGCACGACAACAAUUUGAACAAGAUAAACUUUGGCUCAACGAAAAUUCCAUACUCGGAAGACAAACAAAAAAUGAGAGGAUACAAUGAUGUUCUGGAUAAACCAAGCCAUAACUCUCUGAAUCAUUACAAAGAAUGCUCACCAUCAGCACAACAAACAAUGGGCAACCGGCUUCUCGAUUGGUUCUCUGUUAUCAUGGCAGAUUCAAAAAGGAGGCGCUUCCGCAACAAGAGCAGUAAUGCUUACUUCCCAUCCGGGUGCAAACUUGAAGUGAAAUGGAUGUUCCAGCAUCUGGACACGGAUGCCGACUCUCUUCUCUCUCUCCAGGAACUUUAUGAUUUGGAACAUGAUGAAAACGAACAUUGUAUCAAACCCUUCUUGAAUGAGUGUGAUAUUGACAGAGAUAUCUUCAUCAAUCCAAAAGAAUGGUGCCGAUGUUUCGAAAAAACAGAACGACCAUGCGCAGCAGUGCGGAGGAGAAUCUCAACUCAGCUGCUUGGAUCCUACAUGCCUUCCUGCGAUGAUGAAGGAUAUUACACCCCAACGCAAUGUCAUUCUGCGACUGGUAUGUGUUGGUGUGUUGAUAAGCAUGGUGUUGAGGCACCCAAUUCUCGUAUCAGAGGGAAACCAGAGUGUGAAACCAUACUUGGACUGAACGGGUCAAAAAGCAAAGUUUCUGACUCGUUGAACAAUAAUAGUAGUGCAGAGGAUGAUGACGAUGACGAUGAUGAUGACACAGACCAAAGUCUAGAGGGGAGCGCAGAUCAGCCGCUUGACUUUUAAGCGCAUCAUCAGCAAAUUUUUUAGGUCAUUUCAAUGUGAAUAUUUGAGUGAGCUUUAGAUCUUUCAGUGAGCAUUCUCUUCAUUUUGUUUCGUUAACAAUGCAUGGCUGCUUUUCUAGUAUGUAGUUUUACGUCCAAGGGUUUCAACUCAAUGAUGCGGAACUCAAGUAUUACAUAUACUCAUGCAAAUAACGAGCGAGACCUACAAACAAGGUGGAAUUAAGUAAUAAAAUUUUGUGCAAUUGUUAGGUUUAAAUCCAGGAUAAGUUUUAUUUUCUCUCUUUUUUUUCGCAGUAAGAAUGAGUACGAAAUAAUUAAGGGAAAUACUUCAUGAAACAACGCGCUUUUUUAGAUUUUUAAGUUUGUAAUAUUGACCCAAAAAAAAUUAAAUCAUGUAACAUGUCAAAUCCGAUCCCUACGCAUCAUUUCAGUUUAAGCCAUUUUUUAAGAAACUGAAAGUUAGUGUGUAUCAUUUUAAAUUUUUUUCUAUGAACAUUAAUAUCUUAGAUAACUGUUUCUCUGUGUUAAAUGUUUUUACAGUAAUUACCUACUCUUGUAUUUGUAGAAAUUUCCAGCACUUUUCUGUAAAUAUUAUUAUGUGUCACAUUCCUAUCUUUUUUGUCGCUGUUUAUUUAUUAACUGUUUCUGUGUGGAGAAAGUUUGAAGUUCAUUUUCACUUUCCUAGACUGCUGUUGAUAGUCCCUUAAGCCGGAUCGUAAGUAGAACAAAAGCAUGUGCCAUCGUUUUCAUUUUUCAAAACUCUCUUUGACUUUUGAAAAAAAUAUCCUCAUGAUCAUCUCAAAAUUGUUCAAAACAUUGUAUUAUUUUAAAUAAUAAAAUAAUCAAAGCACUCAGAGUAAAAGAAGUCUUAUUAAUUUAGAGCAAUAAAGAAACUCGAAAGGCUGUUUUUUUUACAUAAAGUAAAUAUUACUUAAUCAAAAGAUAAACCUGAGAAUUGAAAUAGCUCAAGUUUACUUGAGCAAAUAAAUAAAAUUAGUGUAAAUUUCAAAUAUUAUUGACUGAAUGGGAUUAUAAGGAUCAACAAGCUGACCUUGAAACUGUCUGCAAAUGAGUGAGAAUUAAUUUGAAGCUUUAUAUACAAAAUAGUAAAAGGUUCGUUUUACUAAUUCUGUCUUGCCACAAUUCUGUCUGCAGUUGAAUUUGCACAUUUCAAAUAUUUGGUUUCAUUCAUGUUCAAGUUUUGAUCUCCAAACAACAAAAUAAUAACAUUUCCAACGGAACAUAGCCAUACAAAAAUGGAAGUUUUGUCUUAGCUAUGAAUCAAAAUAUUACUUUUCCUUUUUUUCCGGUUUUAUCAAUUUUUAUUCGUACAUUUCCUGUCAAGCUUUUGUUUAUCCCGUCUCUUCAAGACGGUCUCAUCCUUUUUUUUAAAAAAAAAUUCUACAACAGAAAAUCAUUCAGUUGAGAUUUUGUUUUGUCCAUCAAGUAUGUACACCUAUGUAUUUUACUAAAAAAAAUACACUCAACCCUUUGCUCCACAUUCAAUAUUUUAACAGGAAAAGUAAAAGAAAGGAAUCACUGUAUACAAUAUUACCUUGGUUAUCCAAUGAAUUGUGGCAAAACCUGUGCUUGAUACCGUAAUUGCCAUUCAAUCAAAUAUUCAUUAAAACACAAAACCAUCUGAAAUAUGUACAGAAAAACGAAGAUAACCGAUUCAUACUUUGGGCGUUCCAAUAAAUUCAUCCACCAAUGCAUAAUAACGUGCCAGGUUAACUUUGUAGAGGCUGUCAAGUUUCUGUUCGAGAGACAAAUAUUGACGGUUCAGGGAUGCUUCAUCAUCAAGUCAAAUACCUGGAGCACUGAAUAAGUGAAGGGCGGAUAAUCAAGGUAUUAUCGUAGUGGCACAUUGUUUCAUGUACUUGUACCUAUGUAUCUGAAAUCAUUUUUAGGUUUGUCUGUUUCCCUCUUUUGUUGUACUUUUCCUUUUUCCAAAGUGUAAUUUUAUUCUUAGAUUAUUGAAAGUAAUGUCCUCAUCAGUAUUAUCUAGUACUUACUCAAUAUUUUACUUAUAUUUCCUUUUUGAGCUCCUUAACGUGUAGAAAAAUCGCUCAAGUAUUGAAUUUGAACGCAUAGGAUGCCCUGCAUCAAUAAGUGCCAUGUUAAUUGCUUUAAUUUAUCGCAAAUCACUUUGCAAUGCAAUUCUUGUAUCCUAGAACAAAAGCUUGUUUUCCAAAAGAUCCUGUAUUUGACUCCUAAAUUUUCAAUCACUGUCGCAAUACAUUUCCACAGCACUAGUAAUACUGUAAUAGUUUUCAGACGUUCGUUAAACGAUUACCUCAUUCAUCAGGUGGAGUGCACUUCAGCUCUCGAUGAAAAAUGAGCAUAAGAUUACUCUUAAAUUAAUGAAGAAAGAAGCAAAUUUUUCUUUCCCAUCUCUCUUCAUACUUUGUUCAUUUGAAAUAAUUCAACUGAAAGUUGUGAGAGUAACGUUUUCAUUCAUCUCAUGAAAAAUCUGUCCACUUGUAUGUUCCUCCUAGUUUUUUUCUUAUAACUUUGUCUUGGUUUUUGAAACAGAGCUCUAAACUUUUUCAGGAUCAAAACUCCAUGAAAAUCAAGUUAAUAAUAAUGAAAAAAAAAAAAAAAAUUAAAAAAAGUAUAAUUCUCUUUAUCGGAGCGAUCUUAAGCUAUCACAAAAUAACUCAAUUUGAGUGAAAUCCAGUGUCAUAGUCUCUCUCUCUCUCUCUCUCUUUUGUCUCCUUGGAAACCGAUUUUCUUGAAUUAAAAGUAAUUUUGUCAAAUCUGGAUUUUGUGUAGUUUACACAUUUUUGUCAGACUUGUUGUAGGCACUUCCAUUUGUUUUGGAGGAACUUAAUUUUGGUUUCAAAAUCAUCACAAUUAGAAUGCAUUUAUUGGCUUAGUUGUUACAUCACCUAUUUAUUUUUCUUCCUGAUGCAAAAUAACUUGAUGUUUUUGCUGUUUAAGAAUUGUUAUUUUUCCAAAUAAUACUCAUUGAAUGUGAGGUAAUAAAAUCCAUCCAUCUUUUAUAAGUUACUUUUUACAUUCCAAAUUUUAUUCUUAGAUGGUAAGUCAAUCUCUCCAAACUUUUCAACCUAUGUUGCCGUCCAGAAAUCUUCUUGUUUUACUUUUUGUCUUUGAAAGUAGUCCAAAAGUGUUUGUUUUAUUUUUUCGGAUUGUGUGCUAAAACGCAAGUUAAUAGCCCUCAACCUGUCAGUAUUAUAAAAAUCUAUCAAAUGAAAUGUUUUUCAUUAUUUGUGGAAUUUCUAAUAAUUUUAUUAUGAAUGGGAAAACAAAAAGAAAGAUGUCCUACAUCAAAAUAAAAAUUGAGAUCUUCAUAUCUUUGUUAAGCUUCAGGUGAAAGUACAAACUAAUGCAUGUGUUGAAAAUUAAUAAUCUCAAUAUGAGGUUUAAAUAAUUAAAUACCAGGCAUUUCAUAACGCAAUCAUGUUUUCUGCAGCUCUUUGCCCUAAGAUCAAAAUUGAAUUGGUCAUUCUCAAAAAGACUGAAGUGCCAGCAAUGAGAAAAUAGAAAAAAAAAACCAAAAAAAAAACAGUGGGAACUGUUUAAAUUGACUCCUUCUAAAUCUCAAAGCUGUAAAAUUAUGAAAUGAUAAAUUAAUAAAUUAUCGCACUCUCAAUUAAUCUAAGAUACAAAAUGGAUCGAUUAUGUAAUGAAGUUUCUACUUUAUGCGUAUUUUCAUUUUUGGCGCCUAAGUUGUUUUGAAAAUCACCCAUUCAAUCAGUCUCAAAUGCUUAUUAAACCAAUAGUUUUCAAGCAUACCUGCAAGUAUGAAGACUUAAGGUGACUUGUACUUUACAACAAUUCAAACGAAGCUAGUCAUUUUUUCCUUAACUUAAAAAUUGAAAGCAUCAUCAAUACUGAUCAACACUGCACCGAUAAACUUAUUUGUGCUUUUUUUUUUUAUCUCACAGUGUUUUUUUCUUCUUUUUUUUUGUGUAUAACUCUCUGCAGAAUCACUUCAUGUCUUAUUCUUUUCUUUAGGUUCUCAGUAUUCUCACUAAUGUUCAACAUUUACUCUCAAUGCUUUCUAUGGAUAGCAAUUAUUUUUGCAUAGAAGUUUCAUUGAUCUUCAUCAUGAAACUUAAUCGGAAGCUCAGUAUUUAGGAGAUAAGAUGAAAAUUUCUGGAGUAUGAUUUUUCAGUGAUAUUUGUUUUUGUCCAACUGUUAUGUAACUGUUUGUCUGUUAGAUUUGUAACAGUUAAGCUCCUACUUUCUAAUAUUUAGGCAAUUUUAACACUUUAAUAUAUCUCUUUUUUUCUUUUUUCUGUUCAUUUUUUUAUUAUUUCUUGUAUAUACUAUUACAUUAAAACUUUAGUAAUACACAAA